GGCAUCGAGGCUGGACAUGACUGAGGAGACAAAGACCAUUGUGACGGAAGACGGCACCGUCGAAACUAACUACGAUGAGGUCAUCGAGAGCUUCGAUGACAUGGGCCUCAAGGAGGACCUCCUCCGCGGCAUCUACGCCUACGGCUUUGAGAAGCCGUCGGCGAUCCAGCAGCGCGCCAUCAAGCCGCUCAUCAUGAUGCGCGACACAAUCGCGCAGGCGCAGUCGGGCACGGGCAAGACGGCCACCUUCACCAUCGGCCUGCUCCAGAACAUCGACAUCGCCAACCGCGACUGCCAGGCGCUGAUCCUCGCGCCGACGCGCGAGCUCGCCACUCAGAUCGUCAAGGUCGUUAUGGCCAUCGGCGAUUACCUCGGCAUCACCACCAUGGCGUGCAUCGGCGGCACCAACGUGCGCGAGGACAUGAGCAAGCUGCAGAACGGCGUGCAGCUGGUGGUCGGCACGCCGGGCCGUGUGUUCGACAUGAUCAACCGGCGCGCGCUCCGCGUCGACUACAUCCAGUACUUCGUCCUCGACGAGGCGGACGAGAUGCUCUCGCGCGGCUUCAAGGAUCAGAUCUACGACGUCUUCCAGAAGCUGCCGCCGACGGUGCACGUCGGCCUCUUCUCGGCCACCAUGCCGACGGACGUGCUCGAGCUGACCACCAAGUUCAUGCGCGACCCGAUCCGCAUUCUGGUGAAGCGCGACGAGCUGACGCUCGACGGCAUCAAGCAGUUCUACGUCAUGGUCGAGCGGGAGGAGUGGAAGCUCGACACGCUCUGCGACCUUUACGAGACGCUGACCAUCACGCAGGCGAUGAUCUUUGUCAACACGCGCCGCAAGGUCGAGUGGCUGACGGAGAAGAUGCACGCGCGCGACUUCACGUGCUCGGCCAUCCACGCCGACUUGGACCAGAAGGAGCGCGAGGUCAUCAUGCGGGAGUUCCGCUCGGGCAGCAGCCGCGUGCUCAUCACCACCGAUGUGCUCGCACGAGGCAUCGAUGUGCAGCAGGUCUCGCUCGUCAUCAACUACGAUUUGCCGACGAACCGCGAGAACUACAUCCACCGCAUCGGUAGGGGCGGCCGGUUUGGUCGCAAGGGUGUCGCCAUCAACUUCCUCACAAACGACGACGUGCGCACGCUGAGGGAGAUCGAGCAGUUUUACAACACGCAGAUUGACGAGAUGCCAAUGAACGUGGCCGACCUUAUCUAAUGUGGGGGCCGGCGGCGGCCUAGGACCGCCCACCCCCAAGCACGCUGGCCGCUUCUCUCUCCGCGCAUCGCAAGACCCAGUGUGGCCGUUUGCCGCGCGCAGAGCCGCUCCUGCGCGAAGCGCGGGUGGCUCGUACAGCAAACAGCGCACUUCUCGCGGUCGCUCCGCGCACACCUACAGCCGCGCUAUGUGCAUGCCACCCGCCCCCCCCUUGUGUCUGUUUUGUCCUGUGACGCUGCGGUCGUGUAGCGGGGUCUUCGAAGGAGCUUUCCGCGAGAUCACCAUGCUCUAACCUCUCUAUGCCG